AUGAUAUUCUGUCAGCACAGGAGGAGACAUUUUCUUCUCCUGGCGGCUGUCACCAUCCUUUCGACUUCGUUGAGUUCUGCCGCCACCAUCAAUGUGAACGUGGGCAACUCUGGCAAUGCCGAGUCAACCAUUACGUACUCUUCGGACCGCUUUCGGUUGCUCCUGAUCAAUGGUGGUUCUGCCUUUUUUGAACCCGUGGCACAAGGAUUCCUGAAACGAUGUCUCGACUAUCACGAAGAUGUGCAGUUUGAAUAUGCCGGCGUUGUCUACGAGAGUAUCACUCCCAUCAUCGAGUCACAUCUCUCGCACUAUCAUCCCGUCACACAAGACUCGUGCGAGGAAAAAGCAGCCAUUCUUCGAGAUGCACUGCAGCGACGCAGUAUUGAUGGAAUCAUUAUGAAUCCCUUUUGCAAUGACACUUUUACCACCACUUUGGUCCAAGAAGCUCACGAGGCACAGGUUCCCGUGGUAUUCAUUGAUGGGGAUGUCCCAGAGGCACCUCGUAGUGCCUACAUUGGGACCAAUCAAUUCUUUUUGGGACAAACCAUGGCACGAUUACUACGACAGUUAAGACCGGAAGGGGGGACGUUUUGUUUCAUGGGACGACGCAGCAAUGAUCGAUUACAGGGAUUCUUGCAAGAAAUCACCAAAUUCAAUCAUCGACCCGAUCGAGCGCAUUGGACCGAAGUGGGUCGACACUUUGCCGCUCAUGUCCAACACAAUUCCAGUCGCUAUCGAUGGAAUUACGAAUUUCAACACAAAGUUCAGGAACUACGACCCACCGCCGUCGUCGCCAUGAUUCAGUCGCCCAUGCGACAACCCAAUUGGACCUGGUUUAUUGACCAUAAUCGACAACACAACAUUACCACCAUUGGCGUCGACGGUGCCGAUUAUCAAUUGGAUUAUCUCCAUCAACGAUACGUGGAUGGAUUGGUCGGUCAACUUCCCUACGAAUGGGGAUUUCAAGCGGUCGAUGUCCUGCGUGACAUACUAUUGCGACAACAAAAAGGGGAAGUGAUCGAAGCGGACAUUAUCAUCACCACCAAUGUUGUGGCCUAUAAUCUGAUACCCGUCACCCUGCCUCCACUGGAAUUGGAGCAAAACUUGUUGGGGCCACUGCGGUACAUUGGAAUCUCCUGUUUUGUCGUAGUCACAUUGGCAGCAUUGGGUUGCAUGGGAUGGACUGUCUAUUACUGGAAGACACCUCUGCUGCGCAUGUCCCAACCCUGGUUCCUCCUGGCCAUUGCCCUGGGUGUCAUGAUCCUGGCCAGUACAUUGAGUCCUUUAUCGUUUGAUGACGAAGGACUCAUUGAUCCCCAGCAAAACAAUGUGCCCCAAGAAGAAGAGGACAGUGACGAUGCUGAUGUGAUGCAGGAACAACAAGACCCCAGUCCCAUUCAUACAGUAGCCGUGUGCAUGAGUAUUCCUUGGUUGGCCUUUGGGGGGUUCACCCUCACCUUCUCGGCAUUGUUCAGGUGCGUUGAGGUAGACUUUGUCUUUCCGAUGUGCAUUGCUCAAAUGAUCUCAUCCAAUCGCCAUUCGUCCUCUAAUCCAUCCAUCCAUCCAUACCGCAACAGCAAGACAUGGCGUAUCAAUCGUUUGCUCAAUCCAAGAAAAAGCCACGAACAAGUCAAAGUGACAUAUGUGGAUGUCCUGGCACCCUUUGCCGUACUAUUCCUCUGCAAUGUCAUUGCCCUGGUGUGUUGGACUGUGCUGGAUCCCUUAACAUAUACACGACAAUUCCACUCGGGUACCGACUUUUGGAAUCGUGAAUUCGAGUCCUACGGAGCUUGCAGAUCCAACAAUCCACUGGCCUUUCUGACUCCUCUGUUGGCCUUUAACUUUCUGGUGGUCGCCAUUACCUGUUGGCAAGCCUUUCAGGCUCGCGAUAUUUCACCACAAUUCUCCGAAGCCAGAGCCAUUGGCAUGUCUCUGGCAUCCAUGCUGCAAACCUUCUUGACGGGGAUCCCCGUCUUGGCAGUGGUACGGGAAAUGCCAGUUCCGUUCUAUCUGGUAAUGACCUUUGUCAUUUUCGCCCUUUCCAUGAUUCUGCUGGGCUUUAUUUUUGUCCCCAAAAUGAGAAUGCAGAGUCGAUUCUCACUCAUGAGCGAAACCGAACAAAGUCGGUCCAUUGCCAUGUCGAUUCGUCAAAUGUCGAGGCGCAAUGUACGAGCAGGAUCCGAGUCUCGAUCCUUUCCAAAGUCCAACUCGAGUGACUUUAUGGUCCUGGCCAAGAGUGGUUUCUUUGAGAACAACAACAACCAUCGAGGAGGCCGCGGGGUUGCGUCUUCCUCCUCUCUCCGCAAAGACGUUUCUGGCGACUUUUUGCCGCCGUUUGAAGAGGUCGUCCCGACAAAGGGCCAAGAAGAUGGCUCGUCGGGUGCGUUUCAACAAAAGCAGCCUUUACAAGAUGCAACGAUCCAACGUGAUGUCGCACAAGCUUCCGAAGAUCCAUGA